GCUUGGCCCGGUCCACGAGGGGUUGCACUGACCAAUUUAAGGUAGAUGACGACAAUAGACUGUCCACCAACAACCGACAAUCAGAUAAAAGAAGUAUUUCUUUUUCUGGGGAAUUGGGGAUUAGGUUUGCAGAGAUAAAAUCUAGGGUUUCAACCAAAGCAACAGCCUCCGCUUGCUCAGCCGAACUUACCUCAAUAUGCUUUGCAAACCCAUCGCGAAUUUUACCAAAGGAAUCUCUACAGACGCAAGCAAUAGCAGCCCGAGGUCUUGUUCUUGUAUGAUGAGGACCAAAAGAAGAAGAUCUUGUCUGGUAAUAGCCGAAGUCAGCUUCAGUCGUCUCUCUGGAUUGGGCGUGGCCAAAUACCGAAGAUAAAGCAGGCUGAUGGAUGAGAUCAGGUCCGGGAAGAGGGGCUUCUCUUUCUUCAACAGCACAGGGGCCGUAUGCAUAGCUGUGUCGUUGCCGGUGCCGGAGCUCAAAGGAAAGUCUUCUGCCUCUUCCGAACUGCAAGUCUUGCCAUGGUGGGCGUUAUUUGUGGGUCUUGCGAGCAUCAGUGGUGCUGGAAGUGCAGAUAUGGUGAAACUGAGAAUUUGUUCGUCAGUUGCAGGGGUACCAUCUUCGGCAGCGAAAAUUCCGCAGGUCAGGGGAAUGCGAUCGGUGAGAUCUGGUCGGGAUCUCGGGCCUUCUUCCACAGCACAGGUACGUUGGUUCCUCGUUUCUUCUUCCCUUUCUUCCGGGUCGCAAUGCCUACUGCGUUGAGCAUCGAUAGUGACUCUGAGGUUCUGCUGUAUUACUGGGAAAUCAGAUCUGGUAGAUCUGAGGGUUCUUUCCUCAG